AUGAUGUUAAAGUUUGAUAUGUCUGAUUUGGGAAGGAUGAGACAUUUCCUUGGGAUAGAAGUAAUUCCAAGUGAUGUUGGGAUUUUCAUUUGUCAGCGAAGAUAUGCUCAAGAAAUACUAGCACGGUUCAACAUGACAAAUUGUAAUCCGAUAAGAAACCUAAUUGUUCCAGGAACCAAUCUGUCAAAGGAUAAAGAUGGCUCUAGAGUAGAUGCUACAAAAUUCAAACAAGCAGUGGGCAGUCUCAUGUAUCUAACAGUAACUCGCCCUGACUUAAUGUUUGGGACCAGUUUGAUUAGCAGGUUGAUGGCCAAUCCAAAGGAAUCUCACUGGGCAGCAACAAAACGACUUCUCAGAUAUGUGAAAGGAACUGCAGAGCACGGGAUUUUCUACAAAACUGGAAGAAAAAGUGCAAACCUUAUAGCUUAUACUGAUAGCAACUAUGCACGAGACUUGGAUGAUCGCAGAAGUACUUCUGGUCUAGUACUUGUUAUGGGGUGUGGAGCUGUGUCAUGGGCCUUGAAGAAGCAACCCGUUGUAAGCUUAUCCACCACUGAGGCAGAAUACAUUACUGUAGCAUCCUGUGCUUGCAAUGUAUUUGGAUUAGAGGGAUUCUAG